AUGGCUCCUGCUGCAAUCUACGCUCCCUCGGUGGCUGCUCAGGGUCACAGUGUCAUCGCAGCUGUCCCCAUGCAAGGGCCUGCGCUUGCCAUCGGUUCUCCCGCUACAGCGGAAGAUGGUCGAUACCAGUCACUCGUCACUGGCCUGCAGGAGACUAGGCAAGUAGAGAGAUAUAUGCUGGAUAGACUACUGGAUGGAGCGUCUACAUUGACACCUUCAUGUUUCUCAUCUGCACACGUUGCACUGUCGCUCUCGGAGUAUCAAGCACUUGCACCUCGACUGUCUGGCCUAUUGUCUCAGCUGUUGUCGGCACUCGAACCCCUGGGAACAUUGCAUAUACUCCAUCUCUCCACCUCCCUUCCCAACCUCCCUUCUGAGCUCACUCUCGCCGGUUUCAGAAUGCUUUCUCCUGCCGCUGAGGACGGUUCUCUCGUUGCACAAAAGCCGGCUCAUGCUGCGAGUGUUUCUUUAAAAUCGUCUUCCGCUUCUGCCCUUCCUCUCCGUCGAAAGGUCGAUCCAGAACGCAAGGCCUCCAAGAAAGCUCUCUGGACGUUCAGUGCACCUUCCACCCCAAUCAUUGAUGCCGAGAGCCUCCUUACGGAUGCGGAUCGCGAGCGUCCAGCUGUAUGUGAGCCUAUCUCUUCAGGAACUCCUCGGCGGAAGAAGGCAUGCAAGAAUUGCUCGUGUGGCUUGGCUGAGCUAGAGGCUGAUGAAUUGGCUUCAAGCAAAGUCGUCAUAUUGGAUGGUGCGGAGAGUGGGAGCACUAUGGAGGUGGCGCAGAGCGAGAAGGAUAGAUUGGUUGCAGCUGCAGCUGCAGCUCCAAAGGCAACCAGCAGCUGCGGUAAUUGCUACUUAGGUGAUGCAUUCCGCUGCUCUAGUUGCCCCUAUCGUGGCUUACCUGCAUUCAAACCCGGGGAGAAGGUAGAGAUUGACCUCGGCAUGGAUGAUAUUUAA